AUGGAUUCCACUAUAAUCUCCCAAGAAAAUUUUGAAAAAAUACACACUCAAGCACUUAAAGAAAUAGCUUAUUACACAAGAAAACAAAAGGCAGCUCUUCCACAUGGAGAAGUCUCUUUUUACCGUACAGUCGAUUCCCACUUGACAAGCAAAUUAGAUGGUUUAUCGGAGAGAAUUAAAACAAAAUUAAAUCAAAUGAUCGCGAAUGUUGAUAUAUACGGUAAUGAAAAAUAUGAAGGAGCUACUGAGGCUUCGGAUGCAGAUAUGUGGUAUCAGGAUAUAAUUAAAAUAAACGACGUACUAAUGGAAGGAGUUAAUAUUGCAAUGGAUGAAGUCAGUGGCCGUAAUAAUAAAUUUGCAGCUUCCCCUACUCAAUUAAUUCCUACAGUUGGAAAAGUACAAUCGAAGUCGGGUGAAGUUAACGUCGUGUAUUCACGACUUAUUGGUCGUCCUCAAAUAAAGUUUGAGGAUAAGGUUGAUAAUUCCGGAGCACCAUUUAUCCCAAAACUUCCGGAUAAACCCAAUUCACAAGUACCAUUAGAUAUAGAAGGAAUAAAAGAGGGAAAAUGUCAUCCUCAUCCAUAUCAUUAUGAAAUAACUAAUAUUACAUAUCCAAGAUAUAUUUUUCAAACCAAGACACCUAUUAAAUAUCUUCCCGUCCAAUCAACUCCACUUACUUGGGUUGAUAAAUUAGAUGGAUUGUUAGAUAUGUGUCAAAAACUUGAAAAUUCACAAGAAAUCGCUGUAGAUCUUGAACAUCAUAACUAUCGAUCAUAUCAAGGUUUUACCUGCCUUAUGCAAAUAAGCACGCGAGAAGAAGACUUUAUUAUAGAUGUCUUAGAAUUAAGAAAUCGUCUUCAUUUACUUAAUAAGUCCUUCACAAAUCCUAAUAUCUUAAAAGUUUUCCACGGGGCAGAUUAUGAUAUCGUUUGGCUACAAAAGGAUUUUGGUGUUUACGUUGUCAAUUUGUUUGAUACCGCUGUUGCAUCUUAUGUUUUAGAAAUGUCCCAACAUUCGUUAGCUCAUCUAUUAAAGAAUUAUUGUAAUGUGGAUACGGACAAAAAAUAUCAGUUGGCAGACUGGCGAUUGAGACCUCUAACUGAAGAAAUGAUAAAUUACGCGAGAACCGAUACACAUUAUUUGUUAUAUAUCUAUGAUAAUAUGCGUAACGAACUAAUAGAGAAUUCCAAUAACAUAACACUCAAUCAUUUAAAAGUAACUCUUGAACGUUCAGCUCAGGUUUCACUUAAAAUUUAUGAAACUUUUUGUUAUGAUAAAACGGUAUUUAAAGCUCUUCACGAAUGGAGAGAUAGUAUUGCAAGAUUGGAGGACGAGAGUGUAAAUUACGUACUCCCAACUGAUAUGCUCUUCCUUCUCGCUGAGAAAAUGCCAGAAGAUCCCGAUGAAAUUGGUGAAUGUUUGAAAGGUUUUGUUCCUCCUCUUGUUCGAGAGCAUGCAUUGGAUGUAAUUAUGCAAAUUAUAAAUGCUAAAAGUCAAGCAUCAAUAUCAAACAAUAUUGUUCGAAAUAAUGUUAUGAUUAAUAAAGAAAAUUUAAGUUCAAAUCAAAUGGAGAUUAUUGAACCCAUAGGAGGUUUGGUUUUGGAUGUGCCAAUAAGAAAAUACCGAGGAAGUGAUUUUAGUGCUGAAAAAUCUAUAUUAUUUGGAAACACUCUUAGUAAUGAAACUAAAAUAAGUGACGAAGCGAAAACUAAAGUUGCGGAUAUCAUGUCAAGUUUUACUUCUAUAGUACCGGUACUUCCUAGGUUAGUAACUACAGUCAAGCCUCCUUCAUUAAAAAAAGAGAGGAAACAUAACAUCAAGGAGGAAUUAGAAGUUAUAAAACGGAGAAAAAAAAUCAAAACCAAAGGAAAUGCCGGAACAUCAGGUUCUAAAAAUACAGAGGAGAUCGAGGAAAUUAUCGAAAAAAUAACGCUUGACUUCAUUUCAGCAACAACAACCAAUCAAGAAUCAUCACCAAUGACUGAUCAAGGGACAUCAACAUCAAUCACCAUUCAACCAGAAGAAAAAACUUUUAAUCCAUAUGGACAAAUUGUCGAGGAUGAGAAGUUAAGAAAACGGGAGCUUCGGUUGCCUGCGGCACCUUCUUCAGGGAAUAGGAGUACUACGGGUAAAAGGUAA